AUGUCAAAGGGUAAAGUACCUUACGGUAUUAUCAUCAGUGGUGUUAACUAUGGAGCGAAGCUAGCUCCUCCGGCCAAGAAACUAGAACCACAAGGCGGGAAAAUUGGGGACAGUUGGGAUGAUGGUGUAAACGACAAUGUUCGUAUGAUAACAGUAACGUACGAUGGUUCAGGUGUGAACUCCGUCAAGUUUGAGUACGCAUACGGAACGAAUACUGUAGUCGGAGACCAUCGCGAGCUCAAAAAUGAUGAAUACAUCACAUCCAUUAAAGGACACUACGGUAAAAGGUUUCCACCUUCUGGAGCCGUGCGUUCUACGAUGGAAACACUUGGAGAUGAGUAUAUGACGAUGCUUGAGUUCAAGACAAACAUUACAACAUAUCAAGUGUCGGGAACCAUUAAACCCGGUUAUGAGUUUGUGGACAAACCGUUCAAGUUGGAGGAGGAAGGUCACAAGAUUGUUGGGUUCUAUGGCAAGUCUACAUCUAGAAUUCAACAAAUUGGUGUUUAUGUCAAGCCAAUCGAUGAUGCUCAAGCCAAUAGAUGA